AUGUCAGAAGAACGAACCAAGGGAAGGUCUUCAAGAGAUCAUAGAGACAGAGAUCGUGACCAUAGGCAUAGAGAUGAGCAUAGGUCUCGCCACCACCAUCAUAGAAGCCACCGUCAUAGGUCAGAUAGACAUGAAGGUUCAAGAGAUGAGAAAGACAGACACAGAGAGAGUAAUAGACAUAGGGAUUCGGGUUACAGAGAUAGAGAAUCAAAGUAUGAGAAAAGAGAUAAUUCUGCUUAUGCUGAUGGUGAUGAGUAUGAAUGGGUGGAGAGUGGUAAUGUUGAAGACAAUCUCAACUCUAAUGAAAACCCUUCAAGUCAACAAGUUACACAGACUCAGCUUAAUGAAAUGAAUGCAAAGAUCUUGAAAGCUAAACUACGAAAGUCUAGUGAUGUUAAAGAUCUUGAAGCUGAAUAUGAAAAGAUGAAAGAGAAUUUUUACGGUAAACAGAAACAAGGUGAGGAUAUACAGAGACAAAAUGAUGCUUUAUCAUUGAAACGAAACUAUGGUGACUCUGCAAUCAAUCAAGAUGAAAUGACAAUUCAAGAUAUGGUACGCGAGGAGAAAUCCUCCAGUGGGCUGGGAAAAUCCUCAAUUCAAAGCAUCAUUAAAGAUAAAAAGUACUCUAAUGACCUAGACUAUCAAGAUGAUUAUUCAAACAAACUUGCUGAAUAUGUUCAAAAGGGAUCAAUUGAUUUGAAAAAUAUGGAAGCUUCACAGGCAAAGAAACUAGCUAGUGUAUUAGACCGCUGUCAAUUAUGUAUUGAGAAUGAUAAUUGUUGUGAUAUUUUGAGUAUGGCUGAUAAAGUUUAUCUUACACUACCGCCAGAUCCAUCAAUUGCCAAAUAUUCAACAAUGAUUGUUCCUAUAAAUCAUUCCCAAAAUACAAUACAGUGCGAUGAAGAUGAAUGGGAUGAAAUAAGAAAUUAUAUGAUUUCAUUAUCCAAAUUUUAUUACACAAAGCUAAACAAAUCAGUCAUUUUUUAUGAGACUUCAAUCUACAAACAUAACCACGCAGCUAUUAUUGCAGUGCCUAUUCCAAUGACAUUAUCAUCUACAAUCCAAGGUUUUUUCAAACAGUCAAUACUUGAGCAUUCCUCAGAAUUGGAGCAGCAUCAUUCAGCAAUUAUUGAUACAAUGUCAAAUGCAGAAAAAAUGGGUCGUGACGCGUUUAGGUAUUCCAUUGCCAAAGAAGCACCAUAUUUCCAUGUUUGGUUUAAUCUAAAUGGUGGGCUAGGUCAUAUUGUGGAGGAUAUUGGAAGCUGGCCAAAGGGGGAUUUGUUCGCAAGAGAAGUUAUUGGCGGUGUGUUAAAUGUUGAUCCUUAUAUUAUCAGGAAACAAGGUAAAUGGAUCAAAAAUGAUGAAAGGGUUAAUGAAAUGAGUAAAAUUUGGAGACAGUUCGAUUGGACAGAAGGUAAUUAA